UGUCACUUCAAUGUGACCUGGGUCCGCCAUACCGUUAUGAUUCCACUGCACGGCUGCUGCUGCAGCUCCAGAGCGGAGCGCGCGCGCGGCACUGUGCGCACACGGCUUCUAAUCCAAGGACGCAGGGAGCUCGAACCAGCGACUCAAGCGACCACACAGAGGUGACCAUGGCCGAGGACAUCAAGACCAAACUGGAGAACUAUCGCACUGCUCCAUUCGAUGCCAGGUUCCCCAACCAGAACCAGACCAAGAACUGCUGGUCCAACUACCUGGACUAUCACCGCUGCCAGAAAUCUCUGGAGGCUAAAGGACAAGACCCCAUGCCCUGUGAUUGGUACAAGAGGGUCUACAAAUCCCUCUGCCCCAUGUCCUGGGUCCAGAAGUGGGACGACCAGAGAGAAGAGGGAACAUUCCCAGGAAAAAUCUGAAUCUCCAAAAGAUGUCGAACUGCAAAGAUGUAAUCUUCUCAGCUGAAUGUUUGUGUAUGUGGUGGGGAGACCACGUGGCCCCGUCACCACCUUUCCACUACUGGUGCUCUGACCCAGGAAUACGCUGAUACUAAAUGGUCAUUCUCCUCAAAUCUCAUGAAAUGUACAGCGAAUACUGAAUUAAAAUAUCUCAGGAUAUAUUUAUGGAC